GGUCAAAUUAUCAUGGUCUGAGAACGCUAACGUGGAGCACAAGAAAUCCACUCGGCUGAUGUUCUCGGUACAGCAACUUUCUCUCUCAAUUUGAUUUUGACCUGCUCGAUCUCUGUCCGCGGAGCUGUCUUCGUUUUUCGUCAUCGUCUAUUUUCAAGAAAGAUGGUAAUGAGAGGGAUGGAUGAUAGAAGUAGUGAAAGAAGAGACUACAGGGAUCGGUAUGAGAGGUAUACCUGCAGUAGUGAGAGAAGUGAUUACAGGGGUAACAACAGGGGUGAGAGACAAAGGCAUAGGGAUGAUGGUAAAGAACAGUGUUAUGAUUAUGGUGGAGAAUAUGGAAGGAAGCGAAGUAGAUAUGAAAGCUCAAAGAGGGGACCUGGUUCUCGUGCUUCUCACUGGGACCAUGUAUCUCCCUCUCCAGUUCUGAUACGUGCUACUGGAUCAUCAUCAGUCAAAUUUUCAAAGUUUAGACAUGGUGGCAGGUCGGAUCAACUUACUUUUUCUACAGAACACUCGCAGUCUUAUGAGGAUGGAGGACCAGGAAGUACUGAUUUGACCAAAGAACAUAAAUAUGAGAUUGCUGAACGUAUGCGCCUAGAGAUGGAAUAUAAUUCUGACCGUGCAUGGUAUGACAGAGAAGAGGGUAACACAAUGUUGGAUGUGGAUACCUCAUCAUUUUUUCUUGGUGAUGAGGCUUCUUUCCACAAGAAAGAAGCAGAGCUGGUCAAGAGACUGGUCCGAAAAGAUGGAACGGAAAUGACACUUGCUCAGAGCAAACAGUUGUCUCAACUCACUGCUGAUAAUGCUCGAUGGGAAGAUCGACAAUUAUUGAGGUCAGGAGCUGUUCGAAGCACAGAAGUGCGGACAGAGUUUGAUGAUGAAGAGAAACGCAAGGUUAUUCUUCUUGUACAUGAUACCAAACCUCCUUUCCUGGAUAGGAGGGUUGUUUACACUAAACAGGCAGAGCCAAUAAUGCCCAUAAAGGAUCCUACAUCUGAUAUGGCCAUAAUUUCACGCAAAGGAUCUGCUCUAGUUAGGGAAAUCCAUGAAAAGCAAAGUAAGAACAAAUCACGCCAGCGUUUUUGGGAGCUUGCAGGUUCAAGACUUGGCGAUGUCCUUGGUGUUGGAAAAACAGAAGAACAGAUUGAUGCAGAUACUGCUGCAGUUGUUGAAGACGGUGAAGUUAACUUCAAGGAAGAUUCAAGAUUCUCACAGCAUUUGAAGAAGGAUGAAGAUGUGAGUGACUUUGCACAGUCAAAAACCAUAGCAGAACAAUGGCAGUAUCUACCCAUCUAUUCAGUGCGAGACGAGUUACUGCAGGUGGUUCGUGAAAAUCAAGUUAUUGUUGUUGUUGGAGAAACAGGUUCUGGAAAGACAACUCAAUUGACACAGUAUCUGCAUGAAGAUGGAUACACUAUAAAUGGUAUUGUGGGUUGCACUCAACCUAGGCGUGUGGCAGCAAUGAGCGUUGCGAAAAGGGUUAGUGAGGAGAUGGAGACUGAGCUGGGCGGUAAAGUUGGCUAUGCUAUUCGUUUUGAGGAUAUGACUUCAUGCAAUACUAUUAUAAAGUACAUGACAGAUGGAGUACUUUUGCGCGAGACACUUGCGGAAUCCAACCUUGAGAAGUAUUGUGUCAUUGUGAUGGAUGAAGCCCAUGAGAGGUCUCUUAGCACGGAUGUGUUGUUUGGAAUAAUGAAAAAAAUUGUUGCCCUGCGUCAUGAUUUCAAGCUCAUUGUGACAUCUGCUACUCUCAAUGCAGAAAAAUUUUCAAAUUUCUUUGGGAGUGCACCGAUAUUUCACAUCCCUGGCAGAACAUUUCCUGUAAAUACUUUGUACAGUAAAACCCCUUGUGAAGAUUAUGUUGAAGCUGCUGUGAAGCAGGCCAUGACGAUCCACAUAACCAGCCCACCAGGUGACAUACUCAUCUUUAUGACCGGCCAAGAUGAGAUUGAAGCAACUUGUUAUUCCCUUGCAGAGCGUGUGGAACAACUUAUCUCAUCCACGCAUAAAGCAGUUCCAAAGCUCUUGAUCCUUCCUAUAUAUUCACAGUUGCCUGCUGACUUGCAAGCAAAGAUAUUUGAAAAGGCUGAAGAUGGAGCCCGCAAGUGCAUUGUUGCUACAAACAUUGCUGAGACAUCUUUGACAAUUGAUGGAAUAUUUUAUGUCAUCGACACAGGUUAUGGUAAAAUGAAAGUCUACAAUCCUAGGAUGGGUUUGGAUGCCCUCCAAGUGUUCCCUGUCAGUCGUGCUGCUGCUGAUCAGCGUGCUGGACGCGCUGGUAGAACUGGCCCAGGUACAUGUCAUCGGCUUUAUACUGAAAGUGCUUACCUGAAUGAAAUGCUUCCUAGUCCUGUGCCCGAGAUUCAAAGAACCAACCUCAGUUAUGUAGUCUUGUUGCUGAAAUCUCUUAAAGUUGAUAACUUAUUGGAUUUUGAUUUCAUUGAUCCACCUCCGCAAGAGAAUAUCCUCAAUGCUAUGUACCAUUUGUGGGUCUUGGGUGCUCUUGACAAUGUUGGGAGCUUGACUGAUCUUGGCUGGAAAAUGGUAGAGUUCCCACUGGACCCCCCACUUGCUAAGAUACUAUUGAUGGGAGAACGGCUAGGAUGCAUAAAUGAGGUUGUGACCAUUAUAUCAAUGCUCUCGGUACCAUCAGUAUUCUUCAGGCCCAAAGAUAGGAUAGAGGAGAGUGAUGUUGCGCAUGAAAAAUUCUUUAUUCCAGAAUCUGAUCACUUGACGCUCUACAAUGUUUAUCAGCAAUGGGAACAACAUGAUCAUCGAGGGGACUGGUGUAAUGACCAUUUUCUGCAUGUUAAAGGGCUACAAAAAGCUAGAGAGGUGAGAUCACAGCUGGUGGAUAUCCUGAAGCAACAGAACAUUCCUCUAACGUCCUGUUGGCCUGAUACAGACAUCGUUAGAAGGGCCAUUUGCUCUGCAUAUUUUCACAAUGCAGCCAGAUUGAAGGGUGUGGGGGAGUAUGUUAACUGUAGGAAUGGAAUGCCAUGUCACUUGCAUCCAAGCAGUGCUCUGUAUGGAAUGGGUUGCAUUUCAGAGUAUGUAGUUUAUCAUGAAUUGAUUCUGACAACAAAGGAAUACAUGCAGUGUGCUACAGCUGUAGAGCCUCAGUGGUUGGCUGAGCUUGGUCCUAUGUAUUUUUCUAUUAAGCGGUCAGAAACGUCAUUAUUGGAACAUAAAAGGAAAAGAAUGGAAGAGAAAUUGGCCAUGGAGGAAGAGAUGGAGAAUCUGAGGAAGGAGCAAGCUAAGGCUGAGAGAGAAAAUAAGUUGAAGAGGGAAAAGAGGGCUAGGCAACAGCAACGUGUGUCUACCCCGGGCUUGCGGCAGGUUACUUCUACAUAUUUAAGACCCAAGAAGCUUGGUCUGUAAAUAUUUACUGAAAAAAGAGAAAAAUUGCAGUAUUUGUGGAUGGUAGUGGAAAUAGAAACUUUAGUCAUCGGUGAGCUCCAUAUCUUUAUGACAGGAGACUUUGAUUGUGGUAACUUGUAUAUAAAUAUAUUACUCUAUAUAUUCUGUGAUUCAUUUGUUUCAUCCAAAGAGAAAAA